CUCCUGCUGUAGGCAAUGCCUCUUGAUGUGUGAGCCACUCCCUGAAGACAUGUGUAAUGUGAGGACUGAGGAGUGACUCAUUCCCCUCAUCCCAGGGUGCAGUCAGUAGGGGCAGUGGUCUCCUCCAGCUCACUGCUCGAGGACAGGUGCUGUGUGUAGAGAAGUUCCUUAUGUCUGGCUGGGCUGCUGGCUAUUCCUAUCGGUGUGACAUUGUGGAUUACUCUAGGUCACCGCAGGCAGUAAGGAUGGCAUGGACAUGCUGGCUAUAUUACUUUUCAAAGUUUAUCGAGUUACUUGACACUAUCUUUUUUGUUGUACGUAAGAAGAACAGUCAGAUCACCUUUCUCCAUGUGUAUCACCACUCCAUCAUGCCGUGGACUUGGUGGUUUGGAGUUAAGUUUGCUGCAGGUGGUUUGGGCACAUUCCAUGCAUUGGUGAACUCUAUAGUGCAUGUGAUAAUGUACACCUAUUAUGGGCUGUCGGCACUUGGCCCUGAAUACCAGAAGUACCUGUGGUGGAAAAAGUACAUGACUACUAUACAACUGACUCAAUUUCUGAUGGUCACAUUUCAUAUCGGUCAAUUCUUCUUCAUGAAAGAUUGUCCGUAUCAGUUCCCGGUCUUCUUGUAUGUCAUUUUGUCGUAUGGGCUCGUUUUCUUAAUCCUUUUCCUCAAUUUCUGGUUCCAUGCUUAUGUCAAAGGGCAGAGGCUUCCGAAAGCUUACCAGAAUGGAAAGGCUCAUCAGAAUGGAAAGGCUCAUCAGAAUGGAAGCGUAAAGGACAAACACCAUUGACCUUGAAAAGAGAAGAGAGAGAAAAAAAAAAAAAGCUGUACCAACCGAUGGUAUUGUGAAUUACUUGACAGUCAAGCAUACACUGAUCAGCAAUAACUGUAAUAGUUUUUUUUUACUUUUUUGUUCCCAACAAGAAGAGAGACCUAUUUUUACUAUAACUUAUUUGGGAUUCUAUGUGGUUGCAAGUAUACAGUUUUUGUUUAGCUUUUUUCAACAAAUGUACAGUACAUAAAUUAUUUAUCUGUCACUCAUGAAGCUCAGCUAUUUGUCCUGUUGCAGACAUGGUUAUAUAUGAAAAGUAUAAUUUGCUUUGAAAAUCCUAAUUAACCGAAACAAAACAAUGUUCUAAAAAUGCUGGAGACCUCAACUGGAAUGAAUAGCUGCAACUCACUAUGAGACACAUUACACGAACUCACACAACUGUCCAAUUUAUACAAAUUGUGCUAAAAUAAAAAUUUGAGCUCCCUG